AUGAGUUUGUCCACUUUCAGGUCAAGUCGUCGUAUUAUAAGAGUUGGCAGUUGUACACUCGCUGAUGAAGAUUCUACUCUCUUUGAUCUUCUUACUAUCAAUAUCACUAAAUUCUGGUUAGGUGGACAGUUCGAGGACUGGUGCAUAGCGGAUGCACAAACUUCAGAUGAAGAGCUGCAGAAGGCUCUUGAUUGGGCUUGCGGAAAUGGUGCAGACUGUAGUAAGAUACAAGUAAAUCAACCAUGCUAUUUCCCAAACACGGUAAAGGAUCAUGCCUCUUGUGCAUUCUACAGUUACUAUCAGAAGUUGAAGCGCAAUGGUGCAAUUUGCUACUUUAAUGCUGCUGCAAUUUUAACUGCUCUAAAUCCAAGUGUGAGUCCUGGAAAUGUUCCUGUUUAUCAUGGGAGCAAUUUGAAGGUUAAAGAGAUUUUCUCUAUUCAGAAGAAGGCUAGAUUCACAGACAUGAAAGCCUUUGUUUUCUUGGUAAUAGCCAAUGGGUUAGCUGCUGCCUACUCACUGGUCCAAGUUUUGAGGUGUGUUUUGAGUAUGAUUAGAGGAAGUGUGCUCUUCAACAAGCCCUUAGCUUGGGUCAUUUUCUCUGGUGAUCAGAUAAUGGCCUACUUGACUCUGGCUGCAGUGGCUGCCGCUGCUCAGUCUGCUAUUUGCAACAUGUACGAGAAAUUCUGCAACCAAAUCGGGGAGGGCAUAGCCGGUGCACUAGUUGUAAGCAUUGCUAUGGUCGUCCUCUCUGCUAUUUCCGCAUUUAGUCUGUUUCGUCUGUAUGGAGACAUCAGACAACAAAGGAAAGAAUAA